CGAUGGAGUAAGAACGGAACCCAGAGGGGGUGUCCCGUCUCUCUCUGUCCCUGUCCUGCCAGCUCGUGUCUCCACCCGGGGAAGGACUCCUCCGAGCGGUCCUCGGCCUCAGGAGCACACGCUGUCCCGCAGAGGACACAAGCUGCCCCCCACGAUGGACGGCACACAGCUGACUGUAGCUCUGGCUCCGGGGCCCCGGAUUUCCCAGCCUUCCCGAGCACACGCCACAAAUGGACACACACAGCUCUGAAUGAGGCCAGGCACGGCGGCGCACACGUCUGACCCCAGCCUCAGGAGGCCGGAGCUGAGCUCUGUGAACUGGAGCCAGCUGGGUCAAGGCCAGCCAGGGGUACAAGAGCAGAGCCUGGCCCAGUAAACCAACAGAUGACAGGGACAGUCUGCAGGGAACAGCAGCUUUCCCUCUCCAGCCAUGGCUGAGGGCCUCCCUCUGUGCUCCCCGCCAGGGCUCAGCCACAAGCUCUGCUCCCGCCCGUGGAAAAGCCUGGUCCCAUACAGGAACCAGCGCCCGCCCAGGGCGCCCCCACGAGGCAUGAGAGCUGGGGCACCCGGAGACCGGGACUCAGCUGGGCAGGCACUUGGGGGAGAGGAGACCCGACUUCUCCGCUGGGCUCGAGGCCAGGCAGAGCUAGAACGCAGCCGGCCACCGGGCACAUUCCAUGCCCUGCGCCCCCGGGCAGAGGCCCAGAAGGCCUGGCCGGCUUCCCUGGAGGCGGCGCUGGCCAGCGAGGCUCCCUGAGGGAAAGGGUUAAACGGGGGUGGAGGAGGCCGAGGUCGGGGCCCAGGCACGCACAGGGGUCACCCAGGCAGCCCUCUCGGGAUGGGACGCUCCAGUCCCGGCAACCGGGUUUGCUCACUUAUCCCCUGGGCCCUCUCUCACAUGUAAGUGCACACCGUCCCAGCAGGGCGGGGCGGGGGCAGGGCACUCGGUCCAGAGUUGAGAGUGGGCGGAGCGCAGCAUGAGUUCAUCUGUUUCCUGCCGGCAUCUGCUAUAAAGCAGGGCUACGGCCCAGCGGAGCACAGCUGGAGCAGCUGCAGCCGGGCGGAGCGCAGCGCAGAGCGCACAGCUGGAGCAGCUGCCCGACGCCCACAGGACGCAGGCGAGAGCAGCCGACACAGGCCAGGAGCCCACCGCAGGCCAGGAGCCCACCGCAGGCCAGGAGCCCACCGCAGGCCAGGAGCCCACCGCAGGCCAGGAGCCCAGCACAGCUGAGGCGCCCAGAAAGCUCCAGGAUGCAGCCGGCUCCAGCCCUCGCUUGCCUCGCCCUGGGCCUGGCCCUGGCCUUCGGGGAAGGGUCGGCUCUACGCCACGGAGAGCUCCGCACGGCGCAUCAGGCCACCGACUUCGGAGUGAAGGUGUUCCAGCGUGUGCUCCAGGCCUCCCGGGACCGGAACGUGGUCUUCUCGCCCUAUGGCGUGUCCUCCGUGAUGGCCAUGCUGCAGCUGACCACGGCCGGGAAAACCCUGCAGCAGAUCCAGGAUGCCAUGGGCUUCAGCGUCAGCGAGAACGGCACCGCCCCCGCCCUCCGCCGGCUGUCCCGGGAGCUCAUGGGGCCGUGGAACAGAGACGAGAUCAGGACGGCAGACGCCAUCUUCGUCCAGCGGGACCUGGAGCUGGUCCAGGGCUUCAUGCCCAACUUCUUCAAGCUCUUCCGGACCACAGUGAAGCAGGUGGACUUCUCAGAGGCGGAGCGGGCCACCUUCAUCAUCAAUGACUGGGUGGAGAGGCACACGAAAGGCAUGGUCGGGGACCUCCUUCCCGAGGGCGCGGUGGACGGGCUCACGCGCCUGGCGCUGGUGAACGCGCUCUACUUCCACGGCCAGUGGCGGACGCCCUUCCCCGAGGCCGGCACGCACCGCCGCCUCUUCUACAAGUCCGACGGCAGCACCGUCUCGGUGCCCAUGAUGGCCCAGACCAGCAAGUUCAACUACACCGAGUUCGAGACUCCGGACGGCCACUUCUACGACGUGCUGGAGCUGCCGUACCACGGCGAAACCCUCAGCAUGUUCAUCGCCGCGCCGUGCGACAAAGCCGUGCCCCUCGCCGCCCUCACCGCCACUCUGGACGCCGAGCUCGUCAGACACUGGAGCGGCAACAUGACCAGGCUACCCCGCCUCGUUGUGCUGCCCAGGUUCUCCCUGGAGACGGAAGUGGACCUCAGGGGCCCCCUGGAGGACCUGGGCGUGACGGACAUCUUCCACCCAAGCAAGGCCGACUUCUCUCGCCUUUCCGGCCGAGAGCCACUCUCCGCAGCUCAGGCUCGGCAGAAGGUCAAGGUGGAGGUGAACGAGAGCGGCACAGUGGCGUCCUCCUCCACCGCCAUUCUAGUCUCCGCGCGCAUGGCCCCUCUGGAGGUAGUCAUGGACCGAUCCUUCCUGUUUGUGGUUCGGCACAAUCCGACAGAGACCAUCCUCCUCCUGGGCCAGCUGAUGGAGCCCUGAGCGCCGGAGGAGAAGCCUCCAUCUGGGACAAAACUGGACACAUUGUGAGCAAAGGCUCUGAGGAAGGAACUGCUCCGACUCUCCCGGAGAAAGAGGAGGCGUUUCCUGUCCGCUCACACUGGUAAAUCUUCCCUCGGCCUCCCAACCUCGGACUCUCGCGGGGAGAAGCUCCGAGGCCCCAGCAGGGCACCCGUCCCGGCUCUGUGAACCCAGACCCUGGGCGUGCCCAGCUCCGGCCCGGCCCUCGGAGCUGGCUCCCGGCGAGGCCCAGCCGGGCAGGGCCACUCGCGCUGCCCGCCGCCGAGAGGCCGCCUUGCCAGCGGGGGCAGCGGGGGCAGCUGGAGCCGCCCCCAGCUCGCCCGCGCCCUCCCUCACCGUGUGCACUGUUUCAGAGUGUAGGCGACUUGUUUACACAGCUUUCUUUGUCUUUUGGGAAGAGGGAAGGGAAGGUGGCUGUGCCCGGCUCUGCAUCCCGACCCCCGGUGGGGCGCGGGUCCGGGUGGCGUGACCACUUACCACAUUCUUGCUCCCUCGCCGGCCAGGGGGAAGGCACUUAAGGCAACGCGCCUUAUUGAAGCCAUGGCAGCGGCCCAGGUGGGGUCUCAGCCCUGUGUGUCUACCGCGCCAUGGCCCGAGGCUCACACCGCCACCCAGUGGCGCCCCCCCCCAUGCCAAGGUGCCGCCUGGCUGCCCACAUAAAGGAAGGGGAAGAAAAGAUUAGGAGGGAGAGACGUGAGGGAGGGCAGAGUGGCUCCCGUCUUCCCAGCACACCCAGGGGCUGCGUGACCCAACAGGACAGAACCUUCUUCAGUCACCGAGUGACUCAGCCGCUGACUCACCUCAAUGUGUCAUUUCCGGCUGCUGAGUGAGCGGGGGACAUGGGGGGGGGGCAGCCGGCUCCCGGCCACCUCGUUAGAUAAUCUUUCCUGAGAGCCUCCCGGGUGGGGGUCGAUCAGAAAACCAAUUUACUGAAGAACGGGGGUGACGAGAGUACGCCUCAUGCCGCCCCACCUCGACCGCCGCAACAACACGGCUCCUGUGUCCUGCCCCUCCUGUCUCCUCCCGGCUAUGCACUGGACAGCCACAGCCCGUGUCCCUACAGGCCCCGAGCACAGGGCCGGUUGCUCUUGAGUUUCCUUGGUUACAUCCGCCUUUUUUCACUUUUGAUAUAUAAUCAGGUAAAUGUGUUUUUAAAAUAAUAAAAACAAAGAUUAGCAGACAAA